AAUUCAAAAUGAUUCCUCAAAUAAUAAUCUCCUUAUCUCCUCAAGUCGGCGCCUUAUUUCACUCCAGUAACGACGAAAAUCAUAAAACCAACCACUCAUCACUCCACUCUCCACUUUCCUUCUCUUUACUAACUAGUAUUCUAAUCAAAUUUUAAAAAAUCAUAUUUUUCGAAGGCGAUCGUCCAAUGGCGCAAGUUAGCAACCUUCCAUGCGACGGCGAGGGUGUGUGCAUGGUCUGCAAGCAGAGGCCGGCCGAGGGGGAGAUCCUCACGUGCAGGACGUGCGCCACGCCGUGGCACGUGCCCUGCCUCCAAACCCUAGCGGACGCGGCCCACUGGGACUGCCCCGACUGUUCCGAUCUCUCCGGCGCCAUGCCGGCCGUCUCCGGAGGGGGACUCGUGGAGAAGAUUCGCGCGAUUGAGUCCGAUGCGUCGCUUACUGAUCGUGAGAAGGCCAAGCGCCGCCAGGAGUUGCUCGGCGGGGCUUCGGAGGAAGAGAAGGAGACGGAGAUGAGUGCUGGGGGUGUUUUGGGGAUUUUGGGGGACCGGUUCAACUGCUCUAUUUGCAUGCAGCUUCUCGAUAGGCCUGUCUCUACGCCGUGUGGGCACAACUUCUGCUUGAAGUGCUUUCAGAAAUGGACUGGGCAACAGCGCAUGAAGACUUGUGCUAUUUGUCGCAAGAUGAUUCCAGCAAAGAUGGCAAAGGAGCCUAGAAUCAACUCUGCUAUAGUUAUGGCAAUAAGAACAGCAAAAGCUUCUGAGCCUAAUUACUCUGGAGGCAAUCCCAAGAUAUACCAUUUUAUCCACAACCAAGAUCGUCCUGACAAGGCAUUUACCACAGAGCGAGCAAAAAAAACUGGAAAGGCCAAUGCAUGCAGCGGGAAGAUUUUUGUUACGAUCCCUUCAGAUUUUCUUGGUCCAAUUACGGCAGAGUAUGAUCCGACAAGGAACUUAGGUGUCAUGGUUGGAGAAACUUGGGCAGAUAGGAUGGAAUGCAGGCAGUGGGGUGCUCACUUUCCCCAUGUUGGGGGCAUCGGUGGUCAGUCUGAUCAUGGGGCUCAGUCUGUUGCACUCUCGGGGGGUUACGAAGAUGAUGAGGAUCACGGAGAAUGGUUUCUCUACACAGGGAGUGGUGGACGUGAUCUUUCCGGGAAUAAAAGGACAAACAAGAAACAAUCAUUUGACCAAAGGUUUAAAAGUUACAAUGAAGCUUUGCGAGUUAGUUGCCGUGAGGGUUAUCCUGUACGAGUUGUGAGGUCUGCUAAAGAAAAGCGGUCGUCUUAUGCACCACAGGAAGGUGUGCGUUAUGACGGGGUUUACAGGGUUGAAAAGUGUUGGCGCAAAGCGGGGCAACAAGGAUUUGUGGUCUGCCGUUAUCUCUUUGUUCGUUGUGAUAAUGAUCCAGCACCAUGGACCACUGACAACCAAGGAGAUCGACCAAGACCUCUACCUAGCAUUCCAGAGUUGAUGCAAGCGACUGAUAUUACUGAAAGGACACAGAGUCCUGCUUGGAAUUUUGAUGAGCCAAAAGGCCUCUGGACGUGGAUGAGACCUCAACCACCCAGUAGAAAAACAUCAUGUGAUGGUGAUAAUGGAAAGACUAAAAAGAUAAGAAAAAAUCGGAGUGGAACUGGAUCUGUAAAAGAAAGGCUUUUGAAGGAAUUUAGUUGCCUAAUCUGCCGGAAAGUGAUGGAACUGCCACUCACUACCCCAUGUGCUCAUAACUUCUGCAAGGCGUGCUUGGAGGGUGCCUUUGCUGGUCAAUCUCAUGUGAAAGAGAGAAAAUCUGGAGGAAGGACUCUUCGAGCACAGAAAAAUGUUAUGAAAUGUCCAUCUUGCAAACAAGAUAUUGCCGAGUUCCUUCAAAAUCCUCAGGUCAACAGGGAGUUGAUGAAUGUGAUAGAAACACUACAGAACCAGAUGAAGGAUGAGAGCUCGAAGGCUAGGGAAACUGAGGAUGGCCAAAGUGUGAAUUCCAGUGAGAAUGCCGAUAGUGAGAGCUCAGAAAUGGAAGAGCAAGAAGAUGCUAUCAGCAUGGAUGAAACACCAGAUUCUGUUGCAGAAAAUAAAAAGGACUUUGAUGCGAACGCUGAAAUCUCAAAAGAGGACCAGACUGAUAAACCUUUAAAUGACUCAGGAGCUCUUCAUGAUUCAAAGCGAAGGAAACUUAGUGAUGAUGGUGCUAAAGCUGGAGAAUCAGGAGGCACAGAAGAUCAUGAGAUAGCAAAACUUGGCAGGCUUGCUGAUAGUGAGAGCACAGAAGUGAAUGUGCAAGAAAAUGCCUGACAGCAAGAAUGAAACACCAGACAAUCAUGUGAAUGCUGUAAUCACAAAAGAGAACAAGACUGAUAAACCUUCAAAUGACAAAAGAUUGUUGUGUUUUUCAGCAAAAGAAACAUCGUAAUGAUGGCGCUGAAGCUGGAGAUUCAGGAGGCACGGAAGGUCGUGAAACAUCACAAUUUGGUAGGCCUAAGAGAGUCUGCGUUUGUGCUGAUGGUGCUCAAGUUUGACUUUGUAUAUAGUCUCUUCUCCUUUGUGGUUAUCUUUGGACUUAUUUUUGUCAUUAUAUUUUACUUGCUAGGUGAGGGUUGGGGCUUAGACGAAUGAGAAAUAGUUUAUGAACUACAUUGUUUGUGAUUCCAUGGGUUCAGUUUCUCUUGGCAUAAUUUCAAAGAGAACUUUUGGAACUACAUGUGGAUCAGUGGAUGUGAUGGCGGUUAUCAUGUUU